AUGGCUGUUUAUGCCAUCUUUUGGUGUCUUAGCAUGGUGCUGCUUCAGAUGGUGACAACACCUUCAAUAGCUAUGGGGAACAGACCAAGAUUUCCUGACCAGGCUUGGAAGUCAUUGAGUCCUCCACCUGCCGAUGACCCUGAACCGGAAAAAUGCCGAGGAAAAACAUGGGCUGUCCUUGUGGCCGGUUCCAAUGAGUGGUAUAAUUACCGCCAUCAGGCUGACGUAUGUCAUGCAUACCAAAUACUUAAAAAAGGAGGCUUGAGAGAUGAAUACAUUGUAGUGUUCAUGUACGAUGACAUUGCCAAUAAUCAAGAAAAUCCCAAGCCUGGUGUCAUCAUCAAUCGACCUCAUGGGGAUGAUGUUUAUAAGGGUGUUCCCAAGGACUAUACAGGGAAGCAUGCAAAUACUCAGAAUUUCUAUGCUGUGCUCCUUGGAAAUAAGACGGCUUUAACUGGUGGGAGUGGGAAGGUUGUCAACAGUACAAGUGAAGACAGAAUAUUCAUCUUUUACUCUGAUCAUGGAGGCGCAGGAGUCCUUGAGAUGCCCAGUGGUGAUCCUCUUUAUGCUAAUGAUUUCAACGAGGUAUUGAAAAAGAAACAUGCCUCAGGAACCUACAAAGAAAUGGUCAUAUAUGUUGAAGCAUGUGAAAGUGGGAGUAUCUUUGAAGGUCUAUUGCCGCAAAAUUUAAGAAUUUAUGCCACCACAGCUGCCAAUGCACGAGAAGAUAGCUAUGCUACAUACUGUUCUUUUCCUGACACGGCAACGGGAGAGCCAGAAGUUUUUCCAUGCCUAGGGGAUUUGUACAGUGUUUCCUGGAUGGAGGACAGCGAGUCUCACAACCUGAAAAAAGAGACAAUAAAACGGCAGUUCAAGAAGGUCAAGGAGAGGACUUCCGACAACCACACCUAUAUUGGUGGUUCUCAUGUCACGGAAUAUGGGAACACGAGAAUGCAUGCUGAGAAGCUGUACUUGUACCAUGGGUUCAAUCCAGCCACCAAAAGCUUCCCUCCAAACGAUACAGACUCCCCCGUCCACAUGGCCGUUGUAGAGCAGAGAAGUGCGGAUUUGUUCUUCCUGCGGAAUCGGUACAAAAGAAUGAAAGAUGGCUCUGCAGAAAAGGUUAAGCUCCUCGAGCAAAUUACCAACACGGAGAAUUACAGAAAACAUUUGGAUGGGAGCGUAGAUAUCAUUGGAGCUUCUCUGUUUGGUCAGGAAAGGAGUCCUUCAGUUCUUACUCAUGUCAGGGCACCCGGUCUGCCUGUUGUUGAUGACUGGGAAUGUCUGAAGUCAAUGGUUCGAGUUUUUGAGACGCACUGUGGUCCGUUAACCCAAUACGGGAUGAAACAUAUGCGGGCAUUUGCAAACCUUUGCAACAGCAGAAUCACCGUGUCUGCCAUGGAGGCAGCUUGUAAGUCUGCAUGCAAGGGUCAUUACUUGGGGAGGUCGGAUCCUGCAAAACGCCAUAUUAAUGCCUGA